UUUGAAUGUGAACUGCAGCAGUCGUCUUCAUGUACGGUCUGUGCGGAUGCUGCUGGGCGCUGCGGCCCCGAUAUAAGAGGCUGGUCGAUAAUAUUUUCCCAGAAGACCCUGAGGAUGGUCUGGUGAAGGCCAACAUGGAGAAGUUGACGUUCUUUGCUCUCUCUGCUCCGGAGAAACUGGACCGGAUCGCUGCGUACCUCUCAGAGCGUCUGACCAGGGAAUUAAACCGGCACCGAUACGGAUAUGUGUGUAUAGCGAUGGAGGCCAUGGAGCAGCUGCUGCUCGCCUGUCACUGUCAGAGCAUCAACCUCCUGGUGGAGAGUUUCCUGGGAACACUGCGCCUCCUGCUGGAGAACGAGAGGCAGCACCUGCACCUGCUGGCUACUAACGCUUUUGUGAAGUUUGCGAACAUCGAGGAGGACACGCCGUCGUAUCACCGCAGCUACGACUUCUUCGUGUCUCGCUUCAGUGAGAUGUGUCACACGGAGCACGGAGACAAAGACCUGCAGGACAAGAUCCGGGUGUCGGGGAUCCGCGGGCUGCAGGGCGUCGUCAGGAAGACGGUGGACGACGAGCUGCAGGUGAACAUCUGGGAGCAGAGACACAUGGAGCAGAUCGUCCCCGCUCUGCUGGUCAACCUGCAGCAGGACACACACUGCAGCAGGUACACACACACACACACACACUGCAGCAGGUACACACACACACUGCAGCAGGUACACACACACACACACACUGCAGCAGAGCAGACUGAGGUGUGUUUCAGAGAGCUUCUGGGUCGAGCUGCUUACGGACACAUUAACAACGCCAUCAAACCUGUACUCAUGCACCUGGACAGCCACAGUCUGUGGGAGGGACGGAGCUUUGCUGUUCGAUGUUUCCAGAUCAUCAUGUACUCCAUACAGUCGCAGCACUCCCACCUGGUGAUCCAGCAGCUGCUCGGUCACCUGGACGCUCACAGCAGGAGUCCGGCUUCAGUCCGAGCCGGCAUCGUGGAGGUUCUGUCGGAGGCCGCUGUCAUCGAGGCCACUGGCUCUGUGGGCCCCACGGUGCUGGAGGUGUUCAACACGCUGCUCCGUCAGCUCCGUCAGAGCGUGGACUACCAGCUGACGGGUUACCUCGACCCCCCCGGGAGACAGAGGACAUCGUCUCUGGAGGAGAAGACGCUGCAGGACGCCGUCAUCAAGACCAUCGGGUCCUUCGCCAUCACUCUCCCUGUCUACCAGAGGUCAGAGGUCAUGCUCUUCAUCAUGGGGAAGAUCCCGGUGCCGGGGAUAUACCCCGCUCUGGGGUCGCCCAACACCGGGUUUGAAGGCAGCAGGAUGAUCCAGGUGAUGCUGCUGAAGUCUCUGCUGCAGGUGUCGUCGCGGUACGAGAGCACCAACCUCCUCACGGCGCUGCCCUGCUCCUUCCUGCAGCCUCUGCUCUGCUUCACUCUGAUGGAGGACCCUGAGAUCAGACUGCUGGUGCUCUGCAUCCUCACCUCUCUGCUGGACAGACACCACAACACAGAGAGGCUGAGAGCCAGUGUGACGAUGGAGGUGUGUGUGUUGGAGCUGAAGGAGGAGCGCUGCUCUCGGCAGGACAACCUGUUCAUCAGGAAGCACGCUCAGCGUCUGUACCGCCACGUGUUCCUCACCUGUAAGGAGGAGAGCAGUGGGCGGAGCCACUACCAGGCCCUCUUCACCCUAUUGGCUGUGGUCAGUGUGGAGCUGGCCAAUGAGGAGGUGACGCUGGACCUGAUCCGCCUCACACUCGCUCUGCAGGAGCUGGCGUUGUCCAAUCAGGAGAGCCUGUCGGUGUAUAACCGCUGUGGGGUUCACGCCCUCUGCGCCGCAUUCCUGCACCUGCUGUCUCACCUGGGCCCGCCCCCCCCCUUCACACUGCUCGUCUCUCAGGUGAUCGAGGGUCGUCAGAGCUCCGCCCCUCACCUGCUGCCUGAGGACGUGUUCUCUGACUCCCCCAGUCUCCCUGAGGGUGAGCUGCAGGUGGAUGAAGCCUCUCUUUUCGUCCAAUCAAAGAUCAGCGAGGCUCUGACAGGAAGUAGCUACAGCGCUCACAGCGAGCGACUCAACACGCCGUACACACCUCAGAUUACAGAGGAGGAGCGUCUGUCCCGCAGACAGAGCCUGGUGGACGUGGCGUCUCUGCAGAUGGACCCCCCGUUCUGCUGCGAGGCUCCACAGAGACCUCAGACAGAGCAGAUCACCUUCGAGACGCUGAAGAACGCCAUCGAGGACAGCGGGGGGGCGGAGGAAGAGGAGCGCAGGAGGAAGAUGAAGGAGAGAUUUCAGACGGCGCCGUUUGAGGAGAUCGCCGCUCACUGCGGAGCCCGGAGCUCCCUGCUGCAGUCUCGUCUGGAUCAGGUGUUUUCUCUGAUCGUCCGUCCUCCUCCCUCUCCGUCUGGUUUCGCUCCUCCUCGCUCCACGCCGCUCCACGAGAUGAAGUUCCCCGACCUCUGUGUCUAUUAACCCUCAGGUGUGUCUAUAGACCCUCAGGUGUGUCUAUAGACCCUCAGGUGUGUCUAUAGACCCUCAGGUGUGUCUAUUAGACCCUCAGGUGGUCUAUAGACCCUCAGGUGUGUCUGUAGACCCUCAGGUGUGUCUAUUAGACCCUCAGGUGUGUCUAUAGACCCUCAGGUGUGUCUAUUAGACCCUCAGGUGGUCUAUAGACCCUCAGGUGUGUCUGUAGACCCUCAGGUGUGUCUAUUAGACCCUCAGGUGU